UUGAUGCAGAUAGCAGAGCGACUGUGCCUGGUGUGUGGAAGAUGAUUAAUAACUAAAAGGAAUGUGAAACAUGUAUGUUGGUUGUAUUAUUUCCAAAUAUAUUUUGAUUAAUUUAAACUAUAUUUUACAGACCCAAAGCAUUAUCAUAUCGCAUAUAGGCCUAGCAUUUUCGUCAAUAUCGCACAGCACUACUGAUGAUAAUACAUACAAAUAAGAGGCUAAACCUUACUGUCCAUUCUCUUUCAGCGAUUCAGGACCACGGACAGCACCAUGGAAUUACUUUGGUACGCAAGCACUUUAGACAGUAAAAACUGUAUUCCAAGUAAAUAAUAAUAAAUAAUGGUUCAGUCUGUAUACUUUAUAUGAUUCUAUUCAACUACGUUAUGAACGUAGACCAAGACAGUAAUGGCUUAUAAGCUUGUACCACCAACGCUCCAGUCGAACAGACAUAAGAUAUUUAGGCUACCUUUAAAAUUGAUAUUUACAUUUGACCUGUUAGCAUACCUCAGCAAAACCACAACAAUGUCAACGUACAUGAACAUGUUUUGUUAUGGUUUCUACUGCUACACUAAAGUAAGUCAGGCGCAGAAUGAUGACGACCGAACUGACUAGGCGGCGGUCUGUCCAAUGAGAGCGCCCAUUUGUGAUUUUGGAAAUAGUUGUGGGCAUAGAUAUCGUUGUGGGUGUCCAUUUCAGUGAUAAAAUCUGAAUCUCAGGUCAAAAUGUAUCGCAACAAAAACAGUCAAGGCUAGAUAACGCGUACUGACCACCUACAAACCCGUACUGGAUGCAUCUAAACGGACUACAUCCCAAUUUUACUCUGGAUUUCACAACAAUAAUAUUAGACUGCGAUGAUAAAUGGAAGUCUUCAUGGCGAAUGUUGACUGUCGGCGUGACGUCGGCUUUACGACUCUUCAAGGGGCCUCAGAGAUAGAAUAAAACCGUUCGGCGUUCGCGAAGAAGCGUACAACACAGCGCACCACCAUUACAUGACAUGGAUAAAUAUCAAUCGGCGCUACGUUGCAUUUCUACCGUGUUGCUAUUGUCUUCUCCGAAACGCACGAAUGCCCAUUGCAUAACCCGCAAAAACGCCGACUUCCUUUUCACGCGAGGAAAAUGACACUGAUCUCUAUUGGAGGGUUAUAAUUAAUCGCACCUGUUUCGGGUAGACCGGUGGCAUGCGUGCGUCCUGCGCAAUGGCCGCACCGAGACGAAUUCAACUGACCGCACUGUCCAGCAACGCACACUUCCCUCUUCCCACCAUCCCUCCCGUAUCUGAGACCAAUGACCAACCUGUCAAGCUGGGUUUACUGGCACCGACGCCAGAGUCUGAACGUACAUCACCGCCAGCUGAAACGAGACUGGAGCUCAGACUGUUCGAGCCGGACGAGCAACGCUGCCCGGAGUUCAGCUACCCAGAUCUGAUCAGCUCAAAGCAAACUCCUGAGAAGAAAUUGCAGACGGCAGAUGAAGUUGUGGAAGACAGAGAGCGAAAUGAAUUGGAGGCACUUGCGAGAAAGUUUGAAGGGAAAUAUGGUGGAUCUUGCAAAAAGAAAAAAGACAGAGUCCAGGAUCUGGUGGAUAUAGGAUUUGGUUACGAUGAAUCUGAUUCAUUCAUUGAUAAUUCUGAAGCUUAUGAUGAGCUGGUUCCAGCUUCCCUCACCACCAAAUAUGGCGGCUUCUACAUCAACUCAGGAACUCUGCAGUUCCGGCCAGCAUCUGAAGGGGGUCAGAAGAACGAGACAAGUGAUUUUGAGAACAAUUUCAAACCCAAGAAACGUAAGAUUAAGCAGGGAAAAGACCAGAAGAUGGGUAAGAGAAAGAAAGAUGACAUGCUGAAACAGAAUGAAGACGAGGUGGUCAAAAAGAGCGCCCAGCAAGACGAGCCACCAGAAAAAAUGAAGAAAAGCAAAAAGCCUCUGAGCAUCGAUAAGAUGCUGAAGAAGUUCCAUAAGGAAAAACUUCAGCAGCUGCAAAUGUUUAAUGCUAGAGAGAGAGAUCAAGCUCUCAAUCACAGCUGUGCCAUCAUGCAAGCGGAGGGUCAAGAACCGCCCAUAUCUGCUGACCCUCUUCUCACACUCAUUGGUUCUGCCAGUGCUGAUGAUCUCCUUCAAGCGGUGAAGGCAGCUGAGCUGGACUUUGACUUGGACGGGCUCUUGGGGGAGCCGCAGAACAUCUGCUCUCCAAGCAAGGAGGAAAAUGGAGAGGUUCUGGUAGCGCAGGUCACCAUGAAGCCCCCCGCUUCGCUUCCUGAGGGUCUUCCUCCUACGCUAGAGCAACGCAUUCAAGAACUCACUCAGGCCGUCAAGAAAGUUGAAGGACAAAAUAAGAUGGAGGUUUUGUCUGCUGAGCUCAACAAUGUUUUACUAGAUGUGGAAGUGAGCGCUAAACAGCUUAGUGGCAAAGUACGCUCCAGGAUCUUCUCCUACUUGGCAUCGCAGCUGUCUUGCAGCAAAGGAACUCUAGUUAAAAGAGCCAAAAAGCUUCACAAUCUACAGCAGGAUGGGCGGUUGAAAGAGCUCCUGCAGAAGCUAGAGAAUGCGGUUGCCAGAUCAAUGCCAGAACAAAUCAUCCGUUUCCAGAGCCACUGCCAAGCUCAUUCUGAAGCUCGAGCUGCCAAGCUUGAGGCCGACAAGGAGCAACGGGUGGCCGAUGGCUCUGAUGAGGAAGAAGAGGAGAGGAGUGGAAAACGGGUGUUCGGACCUCGGAAGAGAUUUAGAUGGAACGAAGAAAUCAGGGAGUUAAUCUGUGAGAUUGUAAAUUUGAAGAUGACCAUCUAUGACUUGGAGUCACCUGCAUGUUCUAGUUUGGAGGAGUAUCUCAAAAUGUUCUUGGAGGCUGAGGUUAAACCUCUUUGGCCUAAAGGAUGGAUGCAAUCCAGGAUUCUGCUUAUAGAAACUCGAAAAGCACACGGUCACAUUACUGGUGUUGUAAAAGGUGAUAUAGAGGCAGUUAUGAAGGCAAGGAAGAAACCAAUGGGUACAACGAAACUAAAAAAGGCCAGCGCUGUCCCUGAGGACAAUAAGAACAGUCUGGACAUUCAAGGCCCGCCGGCACUAAAACGCAAGCGUCUGAGUGUCCCCGUGAGCAUGCAGCCUGAAGUUGGAGCCACGCUGAGCACAACUGCCAAAACUCCUUCAAACACACAAACAUCUACCACCUUCUCUAUCCAUCCAGCCAAUCACAUGGAAGGGGUGGUACGUCCCUCGCUAGGUGGCAGUCAGCUGGUGAACCACCAUGCCGGCACUCAGAGAAGUCAAAUGAGUGUGGAGUGUGCGGUACAGGGUACAGCUGUGGCUACAGAAAACGGAUUAGGUCAGAUGAUGUGGAACAUGACUGGUUUGGAAUCGGAUUUAAAGCGACUCCAGAGCGGCGAAAAGGCCAUUCCAAAACUGACGCUGGUGGCGCCCCCCGAUGGUGCUCAGGGCCACUGCCCAUCAAUGGUGCAGGGCGUCGCCAGACUGCUCACUACCACAUCAUUGGAUGAUGCACCUGUAUCCAUGGCAGCAGCAGCCGGUGAGAUCUCAUGUGGGAAUCCAGCUCUUCCCACCCCUUCAAUGUCUCUACUUCCAUCCACCUAUCCCACCACAGCACAGCCAGGCAUCUUACCAAGCUUUGCCCCCCUGCAUGGUCUCCCGUUCUCUGGGUUAAGCCCUGGCACAAAGCUCCCCAGACAACCACUAGGCUGCAAAAGUCCAGCAUCAGGAAACUUACAGCAUGGUCUCACACAUGGUAACUCCAUGCUGUGCUCUAGCACUCUUCAUCUUGUGUCUGUCCCUGUUUCCUCUCCUGCUCCUCUUCAUUCUAUUACACCAUGGCUCUUUGGUUUAGAUGGAAAUCAGAUCCACGCAGAUGGGCUUAACGCACGCCGAAAACUACAUUAAUAGCCAUUACAGUGAAACAGAAGACCGAGUGACCAAAUGACCAAAUGCAAACUCCUUCAAAGUGAAUGUUUAUUUGCAGUAAGCAGAAUGCACUGAUCAAGAAUUGGGAAUGGUGGUGUAAUGACUUUUGUUUAAGAUAUAAUUUGAUAUGAUCAGCCAUGUGGCCUCAGUUCAGGCCUUUGCACUUAUUGAAAUGCACUUACUCGACUGAAUUCUCUAUUCCUAUUCAUGAUGCUUUUGAAUCGCAGAUUCUCUCUCCUAAAGGUGAAUUAACAGUAAACAUCUAUAAUCCUAAUCUAUUUAUAAAAUGAAACCGGAACAAUAGUUAUGACAGGUGGUGUGGGCCACAAACCUUCAAUAUUAACUUUAUAUAUUUAUGUGUUGUUGUGUACUCUAAAUGAACUGUGAAUGCAUUGUUCGUGCUAAUGGAUGGCAAAGAUGGCUUUGUUUAUUUUUACUGGACUGGGAAAUAGUAUUUAUGCCUCUGUGAUCAUCUCAGGGCUGUUUAGGUUAGGUAUUAUGGCUGGGUUCCCACGGAGAAAUGCUGCAAAAUGUGUGUGAGAACAUGCACUUGCUUUUGUUUUUGGACAUGCUAAUAUGUGACUUUUGAAAAUAAUUAUUUGAAAGGGUAUUAUGGAAAAAUAAAGUUUCCUAAAAUAUUGAUAUCGUUUCAACAGCCAUCCAUGUGUCUUAGGAUAAAUAAACUGACGCUUUCAAUUUUCCUCUUUUGAUUGGA